CUGUAACUCCUCGUCAGCAAUGCGUGUCCGUUUCGACGAGCGCAGAAAACGCGAACCAAAUGGGUCUGGUGGAGUCCUUGAAAGAGUCGAUCCGUCGUCACCUACACUCGCGUAGUCUGAGAAAUCAGUGUCAUGGCCGUCUCCCUGUAUCGCUCAUUGAUCCGCAGAGCAACCAGCAAGAGCAGCUGUUGGAGAGGGGGGCAGUGCGGUGUCUCCUCCUCCUCCUCUUCCUCGCCUUCCUUCUCCACCGCCUCCGCCUCCGCCUCUUACCACUUGAAUGGCGGGCCUUCGUACAUGCGCGGUGCUGUGUUUUGGGAACCAAACAAACCCCUCAGCAUUGAAGAUUUCCACAUGCCUCGCCCCAAAUCUGGAGAAAUUCUCCUGAAGAACAAGGCAUGUGGAGUGUGCCACUCCGACCUACAUGUCAUUAAAGGUGAACUUCCGUUUGCUAGCCCUUGUGUUGUAGGGCAUGAGAUAACAGGCGAGGUGGUCGAACAUGGCCCACUCACUGACAGUCAAAUUGUAAAAAGAUUUCCUAUUGGAACUCAUGUUAUUGGAGCUUUCAUCAUGCCUUGUGGCAGCUGUUUCUUCUGUACUAAGGGUCAAGACGAUCUGUGUGAGGCUUUCUUUGCAUAUAACAGGGCAAAAGGAACUCUUUAUGAUGGUGAAACGAGGCUGUUCCUUCGCAACAGUGGGAAACCAGUGUUCAUGUAUAGUAUGGGAGGACUUGCUGAAUACUGCGUUGUGCCAGCACACGCAUUAUGUCAUCUGCCAGAUUCGUUGCCAUAUACUGAGUCUGCAAUAUUAGGAUGUGCUGUCUUUACUGCUUAUGGUGCUAUGACACAUGCGGCAGGGUUACAUCCUGGGGAUUCUGUUGCUGUAAUUGGUAUUGGAGGUGUUGGCUCUAGUUGUUUGCAGUUAGCGCGUGCAUUUGGUGCUUCUGAUAUUAUUGCUAUUGAUGUUCAAGACCCAAAGUUGCAGAAAGCUAAGCAACUUGGAGCCACCCACACCAUAAAUGCUCUCCAAGAAGAUGCUGCUGAAAAGAUUAGAGAAAUAACUGGAGGAAGGGGUGUGGACAUAGCUGUGGAAGCUCUGGGGAAACCACAAACAUUUUUACAGUGUGUACGAAGUGUACGAGAUGGGGGAAAAGCUGUAAUGAUAGGACUUGCAAAAGCUGGAGCUGUUGGAGAAGUUGAUAUAAACCAUCUUGUUCGUCGACAGAUAAAAGUGAUUGGCUCCUAUGGAGCAAGGGCCAGGCAGGAUCUUCCCAAAUUGGUGAAACUGGCAGAAACAGGUAUAUUUAACCUUCACUCAGCCGUUUCAAGAAAAUGCAAAUUUGAGGAGGUAGGCAAAGCGUACCAAGAUCUUGACCAGGGAAGCAUUGUUGGUAGAGCUGUUGUUGAGAUAAUGUAGUUUUGUUCAUUCCAACAGACAGCUUGACUCCUGAAGGAGAGUAAAUGGCUUGUAUAAACUCAAUGAUGAGAUGAAAAUAAAAUUUUCUAAUAACCAAACAAUAAAAUUGCAUUUUGGAA